UAGCGUGUGUCUCUCCGGCGGCGUGCUCUCCCCAUCCCUCCGCUGAGCAGGAUGGCAAGUGAGCUCACCAAUUUGUGGUACGUCCACUCGUCGACGCUUUACUCCGCUCUCCUCUCACGGUGACACAUUGACCGGUUUCACUAGGUAACUUCAUUGCUACUGUGCAUUUAACAGACACGCCUUUUUUCAUAAGGAGAAAAAAAAAAAAAGAACGUAACACGAUUUAAACGGAACUAAAGUGCUCUGGAAGAAGAUUGCCUUUCUUUUUUGGAUGGAGAAUUUCCAAUAGUCGGUGUAUGAGCUGAAGUCAAGCUGGUUGUGAAGGUGCAAGAUUUGUUCCCCCCUACACCCCAGGUCGGAGACAGUAUGGCGGCGGGAGUGGCGGCAUGGCUUCCCUUUGCCCGGGCUGCGGCCAUUGGCUGGAUGCCUGUGGCUAAUCUGCCCAUGCCAUUGGCCCCAACUGAAAAGAACAAGCGUCAGGAUGAGUUGAUCAUUCUAAACGUUAGUGGGCGGCGCUUCCAAACCUGGAGGAACACUUUGGACCGCUAUCCGGACACCCUCCUAGGGAGCUCCGAGAAGGAGUUCUUCUACAAUGAAGAGACCAAAGAGUACUUCUUCGACCGGGAUCCCGACGUGUUUCGCAGUGUGCUCAACUUCUAUCGCACAGGCAAACUCCAUUACCCUCGCUAUGAGUGCAUCUGCUCUUACGAUGAAGAGCUGGCGUUCUUCGGCAUUGUCCCGGAGAUCAUCGGUGACUGCUGCUACGAAGAGUACAAGGACAGGAAGCGGGAGAAUGCAGAGCGUCUGAUGGAUGACCAAGAGGACAACAAGGAUGCUAAGCUGCCCAACAUGACCUGCAGGGAGACCAUGUGGCGGGCUUUCGAGAACCCUCACACUUCCACCAUGGCCCUGGUCUUCUACUAUGUCACUGGCUUCUUCAUCGCAGUCUCUGUCAUCACCAAUGUGGUCGAGACAGUGCCCUGCGGCUCUGCGCUCAAUAUGAAGGAAGUACCGUGCGGCGAGCGCUACACUGUGGCCUUCUUCUGCAUGGACACGGCGUGCGUCAUGAUCUUCACCGUGGAAUACCUGAUGCGCUUGUUUGCCGCACCGAGUCGCUACCGCUUCAUGAGGUCCGUCAUGAGCAUCAUUGACGUGGUGGCCAUCUUGCCCUACUACAUCGGCCUAGUGAUGACUGAUAACGAGGACGUGAGCGGCGCCUUUGUGACCCUCCGAGUUUUCCGAGUGUUCCGUAUCUUUAAGUUCUCCCGUCACUCGCAGGGCCUUCGCAUCCUGGGCUACACGCUAAAGAGCUGUGCCUCAGAGCUGGGAUUUCUGCUCUUUUCCCUCACUAUGGCCAUCAUUAUAUUUGCUACCGUCAUGUUCUACGCAGAGAAGGGUUCAAGCUCCAGUAAAUUCACCAGCAUCCCAGCCUCCUUCUGGUACACCAUCGUUACUAUGACAACACUUGGGUAUGGAGACAUGGUCCCAAAAACCAUCGCAGGGAAGAUCUUUGGCUCCAUCUGCUCUCUGAGUGGGGUGCUGGUAAUCGCUCUGCCCGUUCCCGUCAUCGUGUCCAACUUUAGUCGCAUCUAUCACCAGAACCAGAGAGCAGACAAACGGCGGGCGCAGAAGGUACAGAAAGCUCGCCUGGCCAGGAUUCGAAUAUCCAAGAAAGGAAGCUCCAGUGCCUUCCUCCACAGCAAGCGCAACGGCCUCUUUAACGAAGCGUUGGAGCUUACGCAACUUCCGUACAAGAUGAACGUUUCUGAUCAGGGUUCUACUGAGGAGGAACAAAGGUUAAGUAAGUCCACCUCUCUAUUAGAGAGCCAGCACCAUCACCUGCUGACCUGUUUGGAGAAAACCACUAACCACGAGUUUGUGGAUGAGCAGUAUUACCAACAGAGCUACCUGGAGGCGGGACUUCAGAAUUACCCGUCUCGAAGCCCGUCACACUCCAGCCAAGAGGGCGUCACGGGCACUUGCUGCACCCGCAGAAGCAAGAAGCACCACAGCCCUUUGCCCAACUCCAGCGAGCCGGCGCACAUGCAGCCUUUGACGCACACGCACCAACAAGGCCUGCAGGAGCUCAGCACCAUCCACAUUCAGCCCCUCAGCACCAGCCGCUCCAGUUUGAACCUGCGCAUGGAUGAGCCAGCGCCACUCAACUGCCAGGGCGGCCAGAUCACCACCGCCAUCAUCAGCAUUCCCACGCCACCGGUGACCACCCCCGAGGGCGACGCCCAUCUUCCAGCAGGCCCCGCCCACCAGAACAUUGUGAAGGUUUCCGCACUGUGAAGGAUGCGUUUGUGUUAUACUCAGAGAAUGUUACAGACUCACCUAGACAGA